GGUACCUGGUAUUAUACAGUACCUCCUAUUGUGCUUUCCUGAGGUAAAUAUUCUAUAGAUUAGAUUAGGUACCUUCUACAUCCAUCUAUAGAUCAGGGUAUGCAUCGGGAUCAUUAGUCACCGUCGCUGUUACUCAGUCCCGACAAGCACUUAACCACCUGACCUGAGUAAAUAGUAAUCAAUUUGAUUUGUAAAAUAGCCUACUACAUGAAACGGCCCCCCCUUUUAAUACCUAGACCUAGUAUGCGAUCAUCCGGAGCUCCGGCCGUUUACUCCUUCUUUAUAACCCCUCACUUCCAUCUUCACCACGCAUACGCUUACCCACUUACCAACAUACCUCAUACCUAACCUACCUCCUAAGGUACCUAUACAUUCGCUUUUUUCUUAUCACAGGAACAUACACGCACGCAUUUACAAAUCACAUAAAUCAGAAGAAGAAGAAAAAAAGCCAAAGAAAUAAAACAUGGCGCCCGUCACGGAACUCCUCUCCCUCACCCUAAAGCCGGACCUCCCGGCGGCCGAAGCCGCCGCGAUCCUCGACACGACGGCGGCCACGCUCGUCGCGCAGCCGGGCUGCCUGCGCGUGCGCACGGCCCGCACGCACGAGGACCCGCACGCCGUGCGCGUGUUCGUCGACUGGGAGAACGUCGCGGCGCACCGCGCCUUCGAGAAGACGGAGGCGUACGCGCCCUUCAAGGCGCGCGUGCGCGACGCCGUCGCCGCCCCGCCCCAGCGCCCGUACCACGUCGAGUUCGACCCGUUCCCCGUGUCCGCCCUGCAGAACGGCACCACCACCACCACCGCUAAUGGCACCGUUAGCAGCAAGACCCCCGUCGCCGAGGUCCUGCACAUGUGGUUCCCCGGCGACUACACAGACGAGCAGCGGGCGCGCGCCGAGGCCUCGGCGCGCGAGUUCGUCGGCAAGAUGGAGGGGUUCGCCGAGGGGCUGACGGGCGAGUGGUCGAUCGGGUGGUCCGUCGAGCGGGACAUCGAGCGCGAGGGCGCGCCGAGCAGCGUGCUGGUGGGGAUCCUGGGCUGGGUGAGCGUCGAGGCGCACAUGAAGGCCCGCGACCACCCCGAGUUCGCGAAGAACAUCCCGCUGUUGCGGGACAUCGAGGGGCUGAGGGGCUUCGAUAUGAAGCAUGUGAGCACGACUACUGUCGAGGCUGGUAAUAAGUGAUUUUAUUUAGACGGUACGACGGUUUUUGAAAUGUGGGCGGCGGGGGAAGGGGGAAGGGCGGAUAAUAGGCGGGGUUCUAAAGACUAAAGUUAGGUAGGUAGGUACCUAACCUAAAGAUCGACGUCAGGGCGUCUCGGUGGCUUUGCUAACGGACUGUUUGUUGUAUGUAUAAUUUGACCAAUUGACGGAUAUAUUAUUCUGCUCACUUAAUAUUUGAUAUCAAAGGAAAAAA